AUGGCAGCCGCCGCAGCAUCCGCUGCUGUGCUCGAUCCGAGCAACGACACUAAAAACACUCUCAAACUCGAAAAUACCGACAAGCGUGACUCCCUGAUCGCAAUUGAGAAGAAGUACCAGGCCCAAUGGAAGGACAACAAGGUUUUCGAGGUCAACGCUCCCUCCUUUGCGGAGGCUCCUCAGGGUGCCAUGACUGCCACGGAGCUGCGUGAAAAGUACCCCAAGUUUUUCGGAACCAUGGCCUAUCCCUAUAUGAACGGUACCCUGCACGCCGGCCACAGUUUCACCGCCAGCAAAGUCGAAUUUAUGACCGGAGUGGCCCGUAUGGAGGGCAAGAGAGCCUUGUUCCCGCUCGGAUUCCACUGCACUGGUAUGCCCAUCAAGGCAUGUGCGGAUAAGCUGCGCGACGAGGUGAAGAUGUUCGGGCAGAACUUCGAGGGCUACGAAGAGGAUGGGGAGGAGCAAGCCAAGGACAAGGCUGCCCCGGCACCCACCCAAGAAGUUAAAGAGCAGGCUGAGAAGUUCUCGGGCAAGAAGAGCAAGGCUGCAGCCAAGACUGUGAAGAUGAAGUACCAGUUCCAAAUUAUGCUGGCCAUUGGCGUCCCUCUGGAAGAUAUCCACAAGUUCGCCGAUGCUGCGCAUUGGCUUCAGCACUUCCCUCCCCUUGCUAUCCGUGAUCUCGACAGCAUGGGUGCCCGCGUCGACUGGCGGAGACAGUUCGUCACCACCGAUGCCAACCCUUAUUACGAUGCCUUUGUUCGCUGGCAGAUGAACCGUCUCCACGAGCUGGGCAAGAUCAUGUAUGGCAGUCGGUAUACCAUCUACUCUCCCAAGGACGGCCAACCUUGUAUGGACCACGACCGCACCGAGGGUGAGGGCAUUGGGCCCCAGGAAUACACUGCCCUGAAGUUGAAGGUCAAGGAAUGGUCACCGAAGCUCCAGGAGCUGGUCAAGGGCAAGAUUGAGGAUGAUGCCAAGGUCUACUUUGUCCCGGCCACUCUCCGCCCCGAGACUAUGUAUGGUCAGACGAGCUGUUUCGUCGGCCCCAAGAUUAACUACGGUCUUUUCAAGCUGAAGGAGAAGGAGUAUAUUGUCGUGACCAAGCGCGCUGCUUGGAAUAUGGCUUUCCAGGGCCACUUCUUUGACAACGCUCAUUUUCCCAAGUCCCAAGAUGAGCUGCCGCUGGUCUUCGAAGCACCAGGAUCUGCCUUCGUCGGUACUCUGGUCAAUGCACCGCUGUCCCUGCACACUGAAGGUAUCCGUAUUCUGCCCAUGGAUACCGUCUCGGCCUCCAAGGGUACUGGUGUUGUCACCUCGGUGCCGUCCGACAGCCCUGACGACUACGCUACCCUGCUUGAUCUGGCCAAGAAGCCCGAGUACUACGGCAUUCAGAAGGAAUGGGCCGAGCUAGAGAUCUUCCCGCUGAUCGAAACUCCAACAUACGGCAACCUGACGGCUCCUACCCUAGUCAAGCAGCUGAAGAUCAACUCGCCCAAGGACGUCAACCAGCUUGCCAAGGCCAAGGAGCUGGCUUACAUGGAGGGCUUCUACAAGGGUACCAUGCUCGUGGGUGAGCUUAAGGGCGAACCCGUCAGCAUCGCCAAGGACAAGAUCCGCAAGUCUCUGUAUGACAGUGGCGAUGCGUUCCCCUUUGCCGACCCCAUGGGCAAGGUUGUCAGCCGCAGUGGAGAUGACUGUGUUGUUGCCUACCUGGGCCAAUGGUUCCUGAACUACGGCGAGAACGAUGCCAAGUGGCAACAAGAUACCCUGGAUCACGUCGUGAACACCUUGAACACCUACUCUGCCGAGACCAGGCACGGAUUCGAGAAGAACCUGGACUGGCUGAACCGCUGGGCGUGCGCCAGAACGUACGGUCUUGGUUCCAAACUGCCCUGGGACCCUCAGUUCCUGGUCGAGAGUCUGAGUGAUAGCACCGUGUACAUGGCCUACUACACCAUCGCCCACCUUCUGCACGGCGACCGGUAUGGUAACCAGAUCGGCCCAUUGAACGUGAAGGCGGAGCAGAUGAUCGACGAGGUGUGGGACUACAUCUUCACCAAACGCGAGAUCUCCGACGACCUGAUAUCUAAAAGCGGUAUUAGCAAGGACGCUCUGCAGCAGAUGCGCCGUGAGUUCGAGUACUGGUACCCCCUGGACGUCCGCGUCUCCGGCAAGGAUCUGAUCCAGAACCACUUGACUUUCUUCUUGUACAUCCACCUCGCCCUCUUCCCGCCGGAGUUCUGGCCUCGUGGUGUGCGUGCCAAUGGCCACCUGCUACUGAAUGGUGAAAAGAUGAGCAAGAGCACGGGCAACUUCCUCACCUUGAAGGAUGCAGUGGACAAGUUCGGUGCUGACGCGACCCGUAUUGCUUUCGCCGAUGCUGGUGACAGCAUCGAGGAUGCUAACUUCGAGGAGGCUGUCGCCAACAGCAACAUCCUGCGCCUGUUCACCCUGAAGGAGUGGAUUGAGGAGGUUGUCCAGGAUGACACUCUGCGUACCGGACCCGCCGACGCUUUCGCCGACAAGCUGUUCAACAACGACAUUAACAGCAUAGUCCGCGAGACCCGGAAGCACUUCCAGGACACGAACUUUAAGCUUGCUCUGAAGUCCGGUCUGUAUGACCUCACCAGCGCCCGCGACACUUACCGUGAAUCUGCGACGGCCGCUGGCGUGGGCAUGCACCGGGAUAUCGUCCUGCGUUACAUUGAGAUGCAAGCUCUUAUGCUGGCACCCAUUGCCCCCCACUGGGCCGAGUACAUUUGGCUAGAGGUUCUCAAGAAGCCCGAGACGAUCCACAACGCCAGGUUCCCCGAGGUCCCCGAGCCCUCUCCUGAGCUGUCCGCCGCGCAGGCGUACGUUCGGGGCACCGCGUCUUCCAUCCUGUCGUCAGAAGCAAACUUCGCGAAGAAGCUGUCCAAGGGCAAAGCGUCGACCUUUGACCCGCGCAAACCCAAGAAGCUGACCAUCUUCGCGGCCAAGAAAUACCCCACCUGGCAAGAGAAGUACAUCGACCUCGUCCGCGACGCCUUUGACGCUCUCAGUGUCUCCAUCAACGAGAAGGAGCUCAACGCCAAGGUCGGCAAGCUUGGCGAAAUGAAGAAGGCCAUGCCUUUCGUCCAGGUCCUGAAGCGCCGCCUGGUUCAGGGCCGCGAGGCUCCCGAAACUGUCUUUGAACGCAAGCUGCCCUUCGACGAGUUCGCUGUUCUCUCCGAGAUGCUGGGUGGUCUGAAGCGUACUGCGGGCUACAAGGAGAUUGAGGUUAUCGCUGUUGAUGAGGGUGGUAAGACCGGCGAAGUCGUGGGCACUGGCGAGAAGAGGGAGGGACUGAGUGCUGAGAAUGCGGUGCCUGGGCAGCCAACUUUCCAGUUUGCCAACGUGGAUGAGUAG